AUGCUCGUCAUGCUUCUUUUGCCUUGUGCUGUGCUCGUUGUCGUGGUUGGUACUGUGUUCGUCCUCACCCUGUCCUCGCCCUUGCCUGGUCGUUGCCCUCGUCCUGUCCUUGUCCUCAUCGCCCUGUUGCCCUGUCCUCACCCACGACCUGUCCUCGCCCUGCUUGCCAUCGCCCUGUCAUCGCCGUCGCUGUCACCCUGUCACCAUCCUUUCCAUCGCCCUGUCGUUGUCUUCGUCAUCGCCAGGUCAUUGCCCUGUUGUCACCCUCGUCCUCAUCCUGUUGCCAUCCUCCUCCUCAUCGCCCUUGUCAUCGCCCUCAUCGUCGUCCUGUUGCUGUCCUCCUCGUCAUCGCCCUGUUGUUGCCUUCAUCCUCGUCCCAUCGCCGUCCUCCUUGUCAUCACCCCAUCCUCAUCCUAG